AUGGACGCAGGCGGUCUUGCUCAAAUGACUCAAAAUUCUUCCUUUAAUGGCGCUUCCCUUGGCGUUCCGGGUACAGGCUUUGCUUCCCGAGGAAAAGGGUCUCACAUCAAACGCUUGAGUGUCCCUCCUCAAAUUUCAACUAUCAAUGAAACGGGUCCGGCAACCAGUAUUGCCACCCCUCGGACCAGCCGGUCUCACCUUUUAGCUGGCUUACGCACUGCUCCUAAGUCAGCAACCGUUCCUCCUACAUACAGCCAACAAUUCCAGGGCCAUGGUCGUGUUGGACUAGAGGGAAGCCGCUACGCUACGAACAGGACUGGAGAUCGUAUUCCCCAAACAGCGACUGGCGCGACAUUCCCCCAGUACUCGUAUGGACUGGAUUCACAGAGUACAAACAUGGGAUACAACACGGGACGUCCUCUCUACUCUCUCCCAGAGCAAGUUCUUGCGCCUCCAGCAAUUGAUUUGGGAGAUGCUGACGGCAUGGACGAGAAACUAUACGCCGAGCUAAUGACCACCAACCUGUUUUUGGCUGCCCAACAACAGCGCCUUCAGCAACAGUUGCUUAGUGUUACUGCUGCUGCUCAGCAGUUCCAGAACUUGAGUCUGGGUGCGAAUCACCUCAACCAGCAAUUCCAACAGCAAUUUCAACAGCAACACGUUCAAUCACACCAGCAGGGUCAACUCCCUUCCUUCGUCCCGGGCAUGAGCUUGUAUCAACAACAGCUGCAGCAGGGCAUGCAGCCUGUUGUCCAGCCCGUUUCUGGCCAACCGGGUUUGUAUUCGGUUUACAAUCCAAUGACCGGUCAGCAGAGUUUCGUUUUCGAUAAUAGCACUUCCUCACCCCAGGAAGAGGAUCCUCUUCCUACCUACCAGGAGUCAGUUCAAUCGCCUAUCGGAUAUCAGACAGCUCCUUUCCGUGCUGAGGUCUCACCACCUCCUGAAUCUGCUCGAUCUUCUGUCCAUGCUUCCUCUCGAUCCGAGUCACCCAAGGAUAUACCCUCUCCCCCAACUAAUACGACUUCGCUCUCCACUCUUUCCGGAAAUUCUAUGAGACGCAUCCAUAAAAAAAGCCACUCGUUUGUGCCGGGGUUGCGGACUAAUACCGAAUUGGCCCGGACGGGAGGCUCCGGUCCCCGGUCUGCUGUUCUUCCCCAGACUCCCCUGACUGGAACUUUCGGACCUGGUCAAGGUCGCGCAGGCGAACACCCGUCCCGCCAGCCACGCGGUCCUCCGGCGCUUGAGGAGCUCGUUGCGAAACCCACAUCGAAACACGAAGGCAGCAAGAAUUUCGCUACACGUCAACGCCGCCGAGCGGUCCACAAUUUGGUACGUGCGGGAAUUGAGCGCCGAGGCGAAUCGCGAAGCAACCAUGGCAGUGGUGGUAGCAACACUCCUGCCAGUGAGACUGAGUUCGUCUUCUCAGUCUCUGAUGGUGAUGAUAGCCGUCGCGGUAGUGGCAGCCUUUCUAGCAAACCUAGCUUGGGAAGUCUGCGGGCCUUUGCUAAUGGGGCCAUUGGGUCUGAGCUCAAGGAGAAGGAUCGUUCUUCGCGUGAACGGGUGUCUGCGGAAAACAUGUACAUACUUUCAGCCGCUGGUGGCGAUGAAGGUUUUCCCAGUGCCCUGUCGCCCGUUGGUCCACCGUCGACUGCUUCUAUUGUUGCUGGCCACCGUUCAGCGAAUCAGACUACAGAACGACGAAAGACCCCUAUGUUGGUGCUAUCCAGUGCUGAGAAGCGGAAGACUCCCAUCAUGUGAAGUGAUCCUGAUACUUUCCGUGUUUCUCUUUGAUAUUUGAUGACGAUUGAACCGGUGGAAGGUUCGCUAACAGGCCUUUUCGGGCUAAGACGUUACGUUCAUGUCUCUCCUUUAGCUAACUUUGCAUUUCUUCGACUUCUUUUCUGCUCACUUUUUAUGUCUAGCAUUUUCCUUCAGUUCGACAGGACGGGCCUGGACUCUGUGUUAACCACCAGAGAACACACUUUAUGUUCUGUGUGAAUCCUGUUUUGUUUGCUACUCUUUUCAUACCAACUUCUUACAUUCUUAUGUAGUGCGGUGUUGUUCGACACCGAUCUACUUAUUCUUCAUGUCGAGUCAG